CUAUUAUGAUGCUCUAUGAAGCUAAUCCUCUCAGUCUCUACAAUUAUUUAAGAGUGGUUUGGGCUAAGUACAUGUACAUUAUCGGAACUCUUAUUUAUCUCCAAACCAAUGGGCUUCUUUUUACGACAUUGGGCUUAAUAUUCCUGGCCCGUAAAUAAAUCAAUGAAACGACUACUUAAUAUCUUAUCCAGUAAAAAGGUAGAGAAAAAAAAAACACAAUAUUCUCUCUCUGCCUCGGAUCCACGCAACUAUUAACCCUAGUUAGAUUCAACACUAACCACAGUUAACACGAACCCUUUCAAUCUUCCUCCACGUGUCAAAAUCAACGGUCACAAAAAUCAUUUCCUUCUCUUUAUAAAACACUACCAAAACCCUAAUCUCUUUCACACAAUCACAGAACCUAAUCUUCUUCUCCAAUCAAUCUCAGAGAAAAAAAGAAAUGGCAACAAACCCUAAAGUCUACUUCGACAUGACCGUCGGUGGCAAAUCCGCCGGUCGUAUCGUGAUGGAGCUUUACGCCGACACAACACCAGAAACCGCCGAGAAUUUCAGAGCACUCUGUACCGGAGAGAGAGGAAUCGGUAAACAAGGUAAGCCAUUACACUACAAAGGAUCAAGCUUUCACCGAGUGAUUCCGAAAUUCAUGUGUCAAGGAGGUGAUUUCACAGCCGGGAAUGGUACCGGAGGUGAAUCUAUCUAUGGAUCGAAGUUCAAAGACGAGAACUUUAUCAAGAAACAUACAGGACCAGGUAUUUUGUCUAUGGCUAACGCUGGUGCGAACACGAAUGGAUCUCAGUUUUUUAUUUGUACUGAGAAGACUUCGUGGCUCGAUGGGAAACAUGUUGUGUUUGGUCAAGUUGUUGAGGGAUUGAAUGUUGUUAGAGAUAUUGAGAAGGUUGGAUCUGACUCUGGAAGAACUUCUAAGCCUGUUGUCAUUGCUGAUUGUGGUCAGAUUUCUUAGAUCUGUCUGAGAUUGUUGAUGAUGAUGAUGAUGAUCUUGAGGAUCCAAUGGUAGCUUUGUGUUGUUUCUCUUUGAUGUUUUCUGGUUUAUGUUUUUGGAUUUUGAUGUUUAUUGCUGUUGUGAAACUUUGAGUUUGGCUACCAUUGAAUAAGAAGAAUGAGAAUAAAAUCUUGAGAUCCAAAUUUUUGUUUAAGCUUUCAUUAUCGUUGAAUUGUUCAAGAUUCAUAUUAAAGACAAAAAAAUCGACUGAGAAGAAGACUUAAAGCUUAUUGGUUUUGGUCUUUUGGAUAUGGUGAAGUAUGAAUUUUUUGUCAGUUUGCUAUGGGUAUUAGAUUUUUUUAGAACAAGAAAGUGGAAUUGAUGUGAUUUGUC